AUGGAAGCAGCAUCGAUACGAUACUUCAACAUCCCAGAACUGGCCGACGCUCUCGGUCAACGACUAGAUAAGCGCACCAUAUCCUCUCUCGUCGCCACAUCCCACCACUUCAAGACCCUUUUCGAACCAUGGCUCUAUCACGAACUCACCCUGUCGUAUCUAGACAACAACGGCAAACUCCUCAAGUCUACAGACUCUAUUCGAGCCCUAUCACGGAAUGUGCAGCAUGUGCGGUGGUUGAUGUGUGAUCAGGAGGAGAUCGGGUUCUUGUUCAAUUGCUUACUUGCCGGUCAAGAGGAGGAGGAGGAGGAGGUUGCUGCUUCAGAGACGACUGCUGGUGAUUUGGCUGCCGCAGUAGACGGAGCUGAUAUGGGAGCAUCGUCUUUGUCGAGGACGACGACGACGACGACACCUCGACCAAGUUGGAUCCCUGAACUCGAGACGUCACCAUCUGACACGGUGAUCGUCCCACUCCCACCCAUGCACUGUCUGGCAUACCUGGAACUAAACCUGAUGCCCCUCGGAUCCCUCCACUGGCCCAGCUACCGUCUCCCAGCAAGCGCCUCCUCCGCUCGCACCACCCUCCGCCAAACCUGCUGGAUCAUCCAACAAUGUCCCAACCUCGUCGCUCUCGAACUAGUUCAUGUCCCCGUUCAGGAUUCAAAGGAUAUGCGAUUGCUUUCGGCGACGAUUCAAGGAGUUGUUGGAUUACAGAGUUUACAUUUGUUUGUGAGGGCAGAGGAGAGGGUUUGGAGGGAGGGGACUCCUGGGCUGUUUUUUGGGUUGGGGAAAUGUGUCAAGGCUUGCAAGUUGUUUUCAAGUGAUGCGAUGAAUCCAGAGUGUUAUUGGGAUUUGAUGGAUGCUGGUCGGCCUGCGGACGAGAUUGAAGAAGACCUGGAUCUUCCCGAGAUACGGCGGCGCGAGGGACCUCUGAUCAACUUGACAAAGUUUGUCGCCUGGGGGAUGGAACGUUCAACAACCUCGGACGAGAUCCUGGCGGUCUUUAGGCACUGCCCCAACAUCCGGACCCUUAAAGUCCCCAGCAUCUCCCUCGGACAAAAGGAACUGACUCGGCUCGCGACGGGGAUCGCUGCAUGCUGUCCACACAUCCGGACACUGUCAGUUCUGGAUACCACCGAUGGAUACCUCCUGACGCGGUUGAUGGAAGUGAUGGCCGCCCACACCUUGGAAAAAGUCAAGCUCACCAAUUUCGAGUACCAGGUGGACCCUAUGACGACGCGACUGAUUUUCGCGAACCAUGCCCGGUCCCUGAGGACGAUCGAUCUUCGCUACACGGUGGAUAUGUCCAGCAAAAACAUGGCCACCAUCCUAGAACUGUGCGAGGUCCUGGAGGAGUUCAAGAAGCACGCGGAUUCGAGUUCGGGGGACGAUUUCAUUACGCUCCAGGAUGCGGUUUCGGUCAAUUGGGCGUGUAGGAGGAUUCGUCAUCUGGAGUUAACGAUCGGGAUCCCUGAGGAUUUGGCACCUGUGCCGUACUAUGCACGACUAGAGGAGGAGGAGGAGGAGGAGGAGAGACCCCUAGUCCUCUCGGACGAAGAACAAAAACAGUUUACGAAACUGGAAAAACUCUACACUCAGCUCGGAAGUCUCAUAGACCUCGAAUACCUCGACCUCCGCGCAAUCGAGUACGUCGACCCCAACAACGACCAAGUCCAAACCACCGAAUCACCACCCGCGCCAUUCGACAACCACUCCUCAGACGACGGAACCCACUACAACACCUUCCCGGCAAUGCUAUCUCUCCCCAAUCCCGAAACAGGGAAACCCGGUUACUUGGAUCUACUGCGCGGCUGGACAAAGCUAAAGGACUUGCGGGGCUCGGUGUCUGUCGAGACCGAUGAAGCUAGUGUGACGGUUGGAGACAAGGAAGUCGAUUGGUUUUUGGACCAUUGGCCCAUGUUGGAGAGAGUGAAUUUCUUUUCGGGCUUGGUGGUUAUGGACAAGUUUAGUAGGCUUGAGGACGCCCGGCCGGACCUUAAUUUGUGCCGCUGA